UAACGACAGGAAGAAAUGUAUUAUAUAAUUAAGAUAAAAAAAAAAAUAAUAAAUAAAAUGUGUUCAGCAUGGAUGAUAUUGGGAUAUUUGGCAAUUAUUGCAAAAAUUGCAAAUGGGCAAGUGGAUUUAAAUUCAACGGAAUUGCCAACGAUUUAUUAUACGGAGCCAAAUUAUGGAAGUUCGAGUUCAUCAGACGAGGACAAUGCAUACAAAACAUAUACCGAAUUCCCAGGUGGACAAAUCACGAGAGGUCAAAGGAUAUUGGAGAGAUCAAAGAGUCCUUAUUUGUUGCGAGAGGAUCUUUAUGUUGAACGUGGUGGAGAACUUGUUAUAGAACCGGGAGUUGAAAUCCGGUUCGCCCCCAUGAUCGGGAUCACUGUUCGCGGCAUCCUAACUGCCAAGGGUGAGCCGGCGGAGAGGAUUGUGUUGACUUCGGAGUCACCGUCCGGUCAAACGGAGUCGAAAUCGAUUCGUCUCGUCGAUGGACCAACGCCAUAUCAAGGCCGAUUACAACUUCUACAUCGUGGGGAAUGGAGAGCUGUUUGCACUAAUUCUAGAAAUUGGACAAGAGCGGAUUUUGAAACUGCCUGUCGAGAAUUAGGAUUGCAAGGUGGACAAUGGUGGGGUUGGAUCGACAGACAAUGGCCAGCGAAACCUCGACUUUUAUACGAACAACCGCAAUGUCGAGGAAACGAACCAUCUUUACAAAAUUGCGAUCGCUGGUCGAAUAAACAACUUGGUUCCGGAGUCUGUGAUUAUCAUCCCGAUUUGGGAAUAGCGUGCUUACCUCAUCAUGAUGGUGCCACACGGGCAAUUAAACACUGGCGGGGAAUUAGAUUUGAAGGUGCACUUUUUGAUAAGCCUCUCAUUCAGGAAAACACCCUUUACGUCCGCAGAUCAAAAUCUAUUUUGCGUUAUGUCAAUAUCAGCUACGCAGGUACAGGACGUGAAAUCAACGUUACCUCUGCCCUACAUGUGGAAGGUGUGCCACCACGAAUGGAAUCAAUCACCAUCGUUAAUUCGGCCUUCAAUGGAAUCAACAUCACCACUCCUGAUGCUCCGAUUAUCAUUAAAAAUUGCACGAUACAAAAUAAUCAAGGUUAUGGAAUUUAUGUCAACAGUUCAUCAGGAUUGACGAAUAUUGAUAAUUGUGCAAUAUUAGAUAAUGGAGCCGAUGGAAUAAAAUAUGUACAUCAUGAUGAAAGAUUGAGCGAUCGUCCUGAUCGUGCGGAUGUCUAUGAUCUUUGUACAUUUCCAUCAACAACAAGUCACACAUUUCCAAUAACAAUAUCAAUGGAACAAAGUGAAUAUGCUGGAAGAAAUUGUCCUCUACAUAUAUUCACUAGGCCGGGUCAUGUGAUUACUUUACAUUUUAUUGAAAUGAAAACAAAUAGAAAUGACAGUGCAAUUAUUGAAAUUUUCGAUGGCAGUAGUAUUGGUGAAAAAUUAUUAGCACACGUUAAAGUUAAAAAUGGAACAUUACCACAGAGUGUUACAACAACGAAAAGAAAUUUAUAUUUAAAAUUUAAUGCACAACCAUUUACCGAUAUGAUUGCAUUUAUAAGAUUGACAUCGGCUUAUAAAAAAAGUUAUGAUCUUUCAAUAACUGGAAGUACAAUUGCAAAUAAUAAUGGAAGAGGUAUUGCGGCGGAAAAAUUACGUUCAGCUCUUUAUAUUCAUGAUACAUCAGUAUCGAAUAAUAAUCACAUUGGAGGUGUUCAUAUAUUGGAUGGUGCUUUAGAUGUGAAUAUAAGUGAAUCGCGAAUUGCUUUUAAUCGUGGCGAUGGUAUUAAUAUCACUGUUGUUGGCGGUAAUCGAAAUAUUUCCCACACAAGUAUAUCAUCAAAUCAAGGUUAUGGAUUUGCUGUUUGGUUAAAUGAUUCAUCAUUAACGAAUUAUUUAAAUUUCAAUCAAUCAACAUGCAUUGAAUAUUCGGAAAUUUUUCGCAACAAAGAUAUUGGAAUUUUAGUUGGUAAUUCAACGGGUAAUUCUUAUGUGAACAUUACUGGCAAUUGGUUUAACAGUAGUAGUGAGACGGCUGUUAAAAUUGAAUCAAGUUGGCGAUUAAAUCAAGGUUUAAUGAUGUUACAAAUUGGACACAAUAUAUUUAUUCAAAAUCAAAAAUUGGGUAUUAAAUUAAAUCCAGCGUUAAAUUUAAAGGGAUGCAUUGAAUAUAAUCAUUUUGAGGAACAUAUUUUUGGUGGUAUUUUAGUGAAAAAUCCCCCAUAUGAGGAAUUUAAUAUUCUACCGGCUGAUAUUUUAAUUCAACAUAAUGAAUUUUAUGACAAUAGUGGUGUUUAUGUGGUGAAUUUGGGAUUAUCGCCUUAUAGUGAUGUGCAAAAAUUAUUGUUCACAAGAAAUUUUCUCAAACGAAACAAUGUUAAGGAGCCAUUUGACAAUAGUGAUAUUCAAGGUUCAAGACUUAUUCCAAGAUCACGUGUCUCGGCAAUUGUUGUUGUUUCAUCGAGUAAUGUGGAAAUAUUUCGUAAUAUUCUACAAAAUUCCGAAUCAAAAUAUGAAAUUGGCUCACAUUUUGAGGAUCAAAGUAAAAUAAUAAAUUGUACAUUUAAUUGGCUUGGCUCGGAAAAUGAAAGAAUAAUAUAUGAACGUUUAUUUCAUCGUAAGGAUCGUUAUAAUUUGGCGAAAAUUGAAUAUUUACCAUAUUUAUUGCAUGGCAGUAAUCCAGCUGGUAAUAUUAUUAUGUCAAUACCAAUGUUUGUGCCACAAUUUUUAUCGAGUGAUUCAAAAAUUGUUGGAGGCGAAGUCGAUGGAUUGGAAACAUUGAGAGCUGGUGAAUAUAUUGUGCAACGUGAUAUUAAUGUUAGACCUGGUGGUCGAUUAGUUAUACAACCUGGUGUUACACUUCGAUUUCCACCUUCUGUUGGAAUGAUGGUGGCAGGAAGUUUAUAUGCCCGCGGUAAAGGUCCGAGUGAUAUCCAGUUAACAUUGAAGGAGGAAAUUGUUAUUGAGCCAAUAAUGGACAAUGAAACCAUAGCUGAAGCUAUGACUUUCGAUGUGUCCAGAACAAUUCCCGUGAGAUUACUCGGUGGAAAAACAAAUCUCGAAGGAAGAUUGCAGGUGAAAAUUGGAGAAAAAUGGGGAACAGUUUGCAAUUAUGGAUGGACAAUACGCGAUGCAGCUUUAGUUUGUCAUCAAUUAGGUUUGACACUCGAUCCAGACGAUUGGCUAUUGGAACGUUCUCAAAUCCCAAACGCUGGAACGAAUGAAGACAUUAUUCUCAGUAAUGUACAAUGUAAUGAGGAUGAUAUUGAUAUAACAAAAUGUCGCGCAGAAAAUGAAGAGGAAUUUGAAAAUUCUUGCACCCAUGAAAAUGAUGUUGGUGUAAGAUGUUCUGAAGCAGCAUGGGCUGGCUUGAGAAUUGGUCCAUUAGCACGUAGAAGUGAUUUACAAUAUAUAACAAUUGAAAAAGCUGGCCUUUUAGAUUAUGCAACAAAUGCAUUUAAACCGGCGUUGCAAAUUGAUUUUGCACGUCAUUCAUUGGAGGGCGUUAAAGUAAUGAACAAUCUACAGGAUGGAUUGGGUAUUAUUUAUUCGGAUAUUUAUUCAGCUGAUGCUGUUAAUACAGCGCGUAAUAGUGAUUUUUCAAAUAAUCGAGGUAAUGGAAUAAGUUUUAAACAAUUGGGCCUGCAAAUAAUAAAUUCGAGAAUUGAAAAUAAUAAAAUUGCUGGCGUUAGACACAAUCCUGCGCUCUCUGCAUUGCAACAGAGGGAAUUUGCAGGAUGGUUUUCACAAUCAUCGGAUGUUGCCGGGGAAAAUUAUAAUCCAAUUGUCCUGCCUGAUAAUAGUGAAAAUAUUGAAUUAUCAAUGGGACAGGAGACAAAAUAUCUAAUAACAUCGAAAAUUCAUGGACGGGAGAUUAAAAAAAUUAUUAAUAUUAGUUGUACACCGGGUUAUGUUGUUGGAAUACAAUUAUUGAAUCCAAUACAUAAUCGAAGUACGGAGAAUAUUAUUAUUCAUGAUGCGCACAAUAUUAAUCAUAGGGGUAAUAUUUGGAAUUUAAAGAGAGAUUUGUCAGUGUUUCCAGUUACAUCGAGUUCGUUUGUUGUUAUAUUGGAAUAUCAAAGUGGUAAUGAGGCACUUGGAGGUGCGGUUAUGGUACUUACUGCUUUGCGUGCGCCAAUUCAAGAUAUCAGCAAUCGAAUUGUAAAGGGACCAAUUCCAACGUUAAAGAUAGUAAACAGUCGAAUACGUGGCAAUCAACAUGGAAUUUUGGCGUCUUAUUAUAAUCUCUAUUUAGACGAUCGUGGUAAUCAUAAUCUUCGUAAGGCAAAUGAGACAAUACAAUUAAUUGGUUGUGAAAUAUCACACAAUACAAGGGAGGCAAUUUUUAUACAUUCACCCCAUUGGAAUGUAUUUCAAUCGAAUUUAUCAGAAAUUUCGAUACAUGUGAAUAAUUCAUUAAUUACAGAUAAUGGUAAAGGAAUAUUACAAUUUAGUCGCGAUAUGCGUUAUUCAAAUAAUUUGUUUCAUUGGAUAUUGCAAGAUAGUACAAUUGAAAGAAAUCUUGCCGGUGGUUUUGAAAUUUCUCUACCCUAUGUUUGGCAAUAUAAUGAAAAUUUUACACAUUCAUUAUAUUUUGAUAAUAAUACUUGGCAGAAUAAUGAACAAUUUUCAUUUAUUAUCGAUGGACAUUUUGCUAAUUUAAAUAUGACUAAUAAUCAAUUUGAAAAUAAUCGUUGUAAAAAGGGUUUAAUUUCAAUACGUGGUAUGGAGAAAAAAAUGCAAAUUGAAAAUAAUCGUAUUAAUCGAAAUCAUGGACAUUUUAUGGUUGAAUUUAAAGCCGACAGUCAAUCGGAAAUAAUUGGUGAAGUUUAUGCUAAAUUUUUAUUAAAUGAAGUUAAAAGGAAUUAUUAUCAAUUGAUGAAUAAGAGUAAUCAUCAAAUGUUCAAUGAUCCUAGUUAUGUUAUUGGCUUUCACGGUAUACAGAAAGUGCAAAUAAAUCGAAAUUUAUUUGGCGAUAAUCUUCUUGAUUAUGAAUUAUUGGCUGGUAUUAAAACGGCAAAAAUUGAUAAUGUCGUUGAUGUUAGUGAAAAUUGGUGGGGAACAUAUAAUGAUGAUCAAAUAAAACAAAAAAUAUUUGAUUUCAACGAUUGGAAUGAUCAUGCAAUUGCUGAUUUUCGUCCAUAUUUAACUGGUAAUUCAUUGGAUUCAUCAAUAUCGGCGUCAUGGGAGCAAACAACAAAAAUUGAUUUUGAUAAUCUUGGUGGACAAAUAAGAGAAACAAUUUCAAUUCAUGCAAAAUCAACGCCUUAUAUUAUUAAACGUGAUAUAACAGUGAUGCCAGGUGCAACAUUGUAUAUUUAUCCCGGUGUUGUUAUGGAAUUUGCUGCUAAUGUUGGAAUUUUAGUAUUGGGAACAAUUCAUGCUUUAGGAAUUGCUGGGAAUGAAAUAAUAAUGAAGCCAUGGAUUAAUGAUAACUUACAAAUUGAAAAAUCGUAUUUCAAACGCAGUAUAGCAAACGAGCCUUUGGAAACGAUUCGUCUUUGCAAGGAGGGAAAUUGCACUUCAACGACUAAUGAAGGCUUUCUUGAAUUCUUUAAUCGCACAACGCUUCAAUGGAUUCCACUUUGUGAUUAUAAAUUCACCGAGAGAAAUGCACAAGUCGCGUGUCAACAACUUGGCUAUGAUCCACUCAAUGUAUUUGUUUCGCGCGAUCGACGAUAUGAACUUCAUCCUGGAUCGUUGACUCGUAUUUGGUCCUGGCCAGAACCGUUACAGUGUACAGGAAGUGAGGAAAAAUUGGAAGACUGUGAAAUAAGACUGAAUGGCCAAUUAUUUGGACAAAAAUACGAAUGUCCAUGGGAUGGUGAAUUUGUUUUUAUUAAUUGUGGAAAACGUAAUUUAGAAUUAUCGCAAAAUUAUUGGGGCGGUAUUAGAAUUGCCAAUAGUGAAUUUGAACAUCAUCUUUAUGAGCAUCGUAUACACGAUGUUAUUACUCAUGAAACAGUUCAACGUGUUGAAUCAAUAUUGAAAUUUGUCAAUAUAACAGGCGCUGGAAUUUUACAUAAUGAAAAAUCAGCAGCUAUUCAAUCAAUUAUGAAAUCACCGAUUAUUUCACAUGUUAAUAUUACAAAAUGCGCUUAUCAUGGUAUCAACAUGAUCUCUCCAACUCACACUGUACAAUUAUUAUUUAAUCAAAUUGAUAAUGUCUUGGGAAAUGGAAUUAAUAUUUUAUCGAUAACCGGUGAAGGACGCGAAGCUGAAGAAAGUUCAUUUACACCUAUUAAAGAUCUCAGUAUUCCUUAUCAUUUAUUCAGUAUGGUGGAUAUUUGUGAUACAACAAAAGAAAUUACAAUUGAGGAAAGAAUUUUAAUUUAUCAUAAAUAUGAUAAUUAUCCUGUAAAUUGUGUGAAAAUUUUCCGCAGCGCCUAUAGAGCAAAACCAUUUGGCUUCAGAUUAUUACAAUUUAAUUUAUUCAAUUCAACGGGAAAACCAGGUCGACCUGACAGUAUUUCAUUGUACGAUGGCGAUAUUUAUAAUGUGACAACGGAGAAAAUUGUCGAAUUAGAAGUAAAUGGCCGUCAUGAAAAAUCAUUAUUUCGUACACGUGGUCCAAGUUUAAGUGUAAAAUUAUUUGCAAAUGGCGCAAGUAAUGUUCAUGGAUUUAUUGCCGAAAUUGUCACACUUCCAAUAUCGGCAAUUGGUUUUAAUCGCGAUGUACAACACAAUAUUUCUUAUUCAUUAGUGAAAAAUUGUCGCGAAGGAGCAGUAAAAUAUGCAAGUGCCGGUGAAGUUAAUGCAAUAAUUACAUUAGAACGAAAUCAAUUUAUUAAUAAUUGUGAUAAAUUUUUUGGCAAUUUUACAACAUGUAAAGCGGCAAUUUGGCUUGAUGUACAAAAUACACAGUCACUUUAUUUUCGUAAUAAUUUAGUGAGACGUAAUCAAGGUGGUUUAUUAUUGCGCGCCGAUUCACGUGGUUCAGCAACAUCGCUUAAAGGUUGGAUACAUAAUAAUUUAUUUGCUGAGAAUUUUAAUAAACCAGCAUUAUAUAUUGAGGGACGACAAAGUAGUCCAUAUCAGGAAGUGAUAAUAUUUAGAAAUUAUUUCACAAAAAAUAAUGCAUCAUUUGAAAAUAAUGUUGUAUUAAAACAAGUUGUCAGUAAUAUGACAUUGAAUUAUUUACAUGGAAAUCUUGGUAUGCAUUUGUUGGAAAUUUCUGGAUUCGAGCGAGUUCGUUUACCGAUUUAUCAAAGUACAUCGCAUAAUGGAUUCUAUAAGAAUUAUGCGAUUAAUAGAGAAGGUCGAAGUACGAUUGUCGCUGAAACACCAGGACAACAAUAUGUGGAUAAUGUUUUCUUUAAUCCUGACAAUGACUACGAGAUGUUAACCAUUAAUCGAUCACUUCAAUUAGAAAUGUGGCGAUCACAUGUGGAUGCAAGACAUAAUUGGUGGGGUUACAAUGAAACUGUCGCUGUCGCUGGAAGAAUUCGUGAUCGUGGUGAUUCUCCGGAAUUAUUGCAAGUCGAUUAUCAGCCAUUUCACAUGAAUAAUCAAUCAGUUUUAAAUGGAAAAUGUCCCCCUGGUUGGGAUAUUGUUGGUGACACAUGUUAUUUUUAUAUUGGUGCACCAAUGGAUUUUUUCAGCGCUCGAGAAUUUUGUCGGAGUGCAAACGCAUCAAUGCCUUUUAUUAUGGGAAAUUAUCAUGAACUGUGGAACUUUUUGAGAAAGCAACAGGAACGUUUUGAUUAUUCAGAACGAGUUUGGAUUCAACAAUUGGAACGCGUUGAUCAAUGUACAAUAUUCACUUAUCAAACAAUUGAAGUCGAUAUUUGUGCUCAACCGAAUCCUUUCAUUUGUGAAAUUGAUCCUAGAGUUUCAAUUGAUCCGCUUUCAUGGAGAAGAGAUAUUGUCGCAAUUGGAGUUCUGGGCGCUGUGGGCAUUGCUCUUGCUCUUUUGGCAGCUGUUAUUGCAUUUUGGGUAUCAAAAUCGAAAAAUCGAAAACUAGAACGAUUAGAGAGAAGAAAUUCAAUUCGUCAAUCACUUCAUUCUUUACGAUCAGUGGGUUCAACAUCAGGUUUCUCGGAGCUUCCUUAUCGUCGCAAACCAAUAUCGACAAAACAGUCAACUGAUACAUUAAAUUCGAGAAGUCUCGAUUAUAAAAAAAUGAAUAAUGGAAGCUUAGAUUCUAUGGAUAAAACACAACUUAAUUCUUCCAUGGAAGACAAUCAUAGCUAUGAUGUUUAUGAGGCGCAUAAUCCGCGUUAUUCUCCAAGUACCAGUGACUUUAAGGGAGUAAAAUAUCCAGGACCUGGUGAUAAUCCAGUUUUCGAUUUAGCGUACAGAAAUGAAGGUUUCAGAAAUCAUUCAACAUUUACAUCGAGAAAUAACAGCAAUUGGCCAUCGGAAGUUAAUAGUGAAGUUGCACCCGAGGAAGUUGUUUCGAAUCCAAUAAUAAUAAAUGAUUCGGCAUAUUUAAAUAAUGCUUCCACACUCCCAUUAAAUUCUAGUCUCGCAAUGACUGAUUCAAUAACUGAACUUAAACGUGAUAUUGAAACAGGACAAACAUUUACUCCUGUCGAUUAUAAUAAUCCAUAUGAUAGAAGUCCAUUGACACCAAGUUCAGAACCAGUGCCGGAGUAUUUUUCUCCACCACUUCCACAUCCUUAUUAUUAUGAGGAUCGUCCAAGGAGUGAGGUUCUCCUUGAAACAAAUCUCGAUAAUAACGAAGAUAAACCACUUCGCUCGAAAAGUGAAGUAUUACUUGAGACUAAUUUCGAUACAUUUUUACCAAAUGAGCCAACGGAGCUCACGCAACUUUCAACACAAGCAAGAAGUAAAAGUCAACCACUUGAAACUGCGAUGUAGUAGCAAAAAAAAUUCACUAAUGUACAAAUUUAAUUAAUCCUUGCGAGUUUUAUCCAAAUUUUGUGGGUAAGUCAUUUUUUUUACAAAAAAAAAUCUAAAUACACAAAAUUUUGUUAAAUUAUUAUUAUUUAAAAAUUUCAUUAUUAUAAAUUUAUUACUUAUAUUCAAAAUUUUUAUUUAUUAUCAAAAAAUUUAUUUUAUAAAUUUAUUAAUUUAUUAUUUUUUAAAAAUUUCCUUAGAAAAUUUUAUUACUUUUAUUCAAAAGAUAAUUUAAAAUUUCAUUUACCAAAAAAAUAUUAUUUAAACAUUAAUUAGCUUUAUUGAUUUUUGACAUUAGUCGAAAAAGUGUUUCAAAAUAAAAUGAGAAUAAUUUUAAAUUAAAGAGGCAAUUUUUUGAAAUGGAUGAAAAAAAUAGAAGCUGUGAUUAAUUACAAUAAGAUUGUAAUUAAAUAAUAAUAAUAAUAAUUAUAGUAAUAAUAGUUCAGAAAAGAUUUUAAAAAAUCAAUCAAGAUUUAUUCAUUGUUAAUUAGUGUCUUGUAAUUAAAUUAUAAUUGAAUAAUUAAUUGCUAUUCAUAUUUGAAAAUUAAAGUUAAGAUUGUUAUUCAUAUAUUUUUAUAUAUAAAGUUUUACAAAAAAAAAAAAAAAAAUUAAAAAGAAAAUUGUCACUCCACAUGAACAAAAAAAUAUAUAGAAAAUAUUGUAAAUAUAAAAAAAAGGACAAAAGCUUGAAAAUUAACGCUACACAGGACUUAAUGUUAGAAUAAAUUAUUAAUUUAUAAUAUGUAAAUUAAACAAAGCAACGCCAAAAUAAAAAACAAAAGAAAGAAAGUCAAAAAAAAAAAAAAAAUUGUUAAUUUACGUAUCUAACAAUUACGUAGCAUUUUUUGGACAAGACAUUAAAAAACCCUAUGGAAAAAUCUUUUUUGAUAGAAAGUUUUAUUUUUCUCUUUAAAAUUUGUAAAUAUUUUCAAUUUUUGUUAAUUUUUUUUUAGCACCUCUUCUAUUUUUUUCAGAAUUUUUAAAAUUUUUGAAAAUGAAAAUAAAAAUUGCCUAAUUCUAUGGAAUUUAAAAAUUAUUUUUUCUGAAUCGACAAUUUUAAAAAUCACAAGAUUUUUUUCAAAAUUGCAAUUAUUUAAAAAAAACAAUUCUAUAAUUAAAUUAAGCGAAAAAUGGCGAUUUUUUGUUUUGCAAAAAUCUGUCUCGAAUUUUACUCGCAAGGAUUAUGUAACAUUCAUAGCUCUAAGGUACCCUAUGAUCUCAUUUUUUUUUUUAUAUCACAACUUUUUUUUCCAAAAGAAUUUUUGUGAUUAUGUAUUUUUUUCAAAAAAAUUUUUCCGCUUUACGAUUAAAAACAGAAAAUUUAUUUCAAAAAUUCGUUAAAAAUCGUCUGGCCAAGAGGCAAGUGCAAUAACAUCAAUUUUCUUGAAAAGUAAACUGAAAUUUCUGUUUUCUUUUUUUUUUUAAACAGAAUUUUUCCCCGUAUUUAGAAAAUUGAAGUUUUUUUUGACAAAUGGCAUUUUGCCUCGAUUUCUAACGUUUUUUUUUUUUUCAUCAUUACCUGCUAUCAUACAUAUAUUGUAAAUGUGUUCGAAUUAUAAGUAAUUUUAAUGAAAAUUGACACAUAAAAAACUAAAUGUACAUUUUUUUUAUAUAUAUUUUUAUAAACGGUCUACUAUAAUAAAAAAAAAUAUGAUAUAAAUUUAGAAAUAAUUUGGACGCGCGUUUAGAGAAUUACUGCCAAUCGUUUAGAUAUAUUAUUAAUUUUUGAAUGUUGUGAUAUAAUACUUAGCGAGUGUAAAAAAUACGUGUAAUUAAUAUUAAAUCUCCGUCCAUUAUUGAUAAAACAAUGACGAAAUCACUUAGCAUAAUAUAUAUAUAUUUUUUUUUUUUAGUCAUAUCUGUUAUUUAUCCGAGUCUGUCGCGAUUUCGUAAAUUUAAGGAUCGAAUUUUAAUUUUAUUUUUUAAUGGACAAUUUGUAUAGUUUUUCUGCGAACAAUUUUUUUUGUGGUACUAUACUUAAUUUACCAUUGUGUUCAAAAAAAAAUUUUUUCCAUAUUUCUUAAAAUUAUAUUUGUUUAGAAAAACUUAAAUGAUCAUAGUUUUUCGAAAAAGGGAUUUUUUUUUAAAUUAAAUAUAUUUUAACGAAAUAUGGAAAAUGAUAUUUUUCUCGAUUUUCUAAUAUCGAAUAGAACUUUAAAUUGGGGAAAUCCAUGGGGAUUAAAGUCGACUGUUUCGUUUAUUAUUUAAAAGAGAAAAUCGAACUUAUGGUGAAAUUUUGUCAUAUAUAUAUAAUAUGUACACAUACGCACAUUAGAAUGUAUUAAAAAAAUAAUUUUAUAUCUGCGACUUGUUAAUAAACUUUUAUAAAUAUCAAA